UUGUCCAGCAUUUGCCUCCCAUCAGCAGAUUCAAGCAGUCUGUGUCUAAAGAGCAAGAAGAGAUUUUUACUUUUUGUUUUCAUAUAUUAUUUUCCCUCUUUUAACAACAUGACCUCUAAUUCCAAUUUAUCCAACAUGCGACGGCUGGUGGAACAACUAAAACUUGAGGCCAGCGUGGAAAGAAUUAAGGUGUCCCAGGCAGCUGCAGAGCUGCAGCAAUACUGUCUGCAGAAUGCAGGAAAAGAUGCCCUGCUGGUCGGAGUCCCUACAGGGAGCAACCCCUUCAGAGAGCCGCGCUCCUGCGCUGUGGUGUGAAGAGUACGAAGACAUGAUGGACCCAACUGCGACAUCUCCUGUAAAGAAAAGGACAUUUUAACAUUUUGGCUGUUAUUCAGAUGUUUUUUUUUCUAAACUGUGAACUUUUUUAUGAAUAUGAAAAAUAUGAAAAUGGAUCAUAAUAAAAGUUCUUUUGUUAUAUAUACGUCUUUUACUAUUUUUUGAUUUACUUGUAUGUUUUUUGGCACAAUGCAAUGUUUUACUCAAUGGCAGACUUUUUUCUCUCUUUAAGAUCGAUCUCUGUGAUAUACAAAAGCAGAGUGAUGUUGUGGCUUUCUGCAAAUUAUACAAAAAGGACUAUUAAAGCUGUUCUUUAAAUGACACUUUGGAAUCUAAUGGCGCUGGAACUUCCUGAUGCUCAGUCUAAGUUAGGAACACAGCCAGAGAGAGGAAACCCAGUCUUCCUGUUCCAAACUGCAAAGACACAAUGAAAGAUAAACCGAAAGCUGGUCGCUUUCCUUGACUUGCUUGUAAAAUCAGGCCAUGCUAUGAGAAAAUCACACAACAGUGUUUGCAUAAAUACGGUAAUAAAGUUCAUAUACUUAAAAUGAAAAAUCCUGUCUUUUAUAAGAAGGUGAUUUUAUUUAAACAAAACCUAUUCCUGUAUAUUUGAUUGUAAACUGUUUUAGUACGUGUAUCAAACUGACCCUUUGGUUUAGUAAUAUAAAGUUUAUUACAAAAACUGUCAAGUUCAGCACCUAUAAUGUCUAGCCGGUCAUGAGACAACAACUUUUUAUCACUUCCCUUUCCUUUUCAGGCACUCUUAAAGGAAAAGUCUGUAGUGUUUUCCCUAUAGUGCUACCAUUACCACUGAUCUGUCCUUUAAUUGGUCUAAAACAUUUUUCAUGAAUUUCUGUGCCUGAAAUAGAAAUGAACAGGUGACCUUUUAGCUUUGCUGAAUGUUUGAUAUUAUGUUGCAAUGAAGAAGAGUCU